CAAGUUUGCCCCACAGGAAACGCAAUUAACCUCCAUCAGGAACGUGUAAUCAGCGAUCUCAGGACUCGCCGGGGGUAACCGGGUGACAUUUAAAAAUCCGAGGACAGGGUGAGGAAAAGAAAGGAGAAGAGGAAAAAGGGAGAGGUCCUUCGGAGGAUUUGCGGGUCGCACAGGCGCAGCUAUGCCCGAGUUUCACCCCUGAUGAUGGUGUGCGAGUGCGCAGUGUGAGGGUUGGCCUGGCCGAAGGGAACGUAGACUCGGCGCAGUCGAGUGGCUUUGGCCGAGCACGAGCGGUGUUUUCGCUAGUAAUCGCGCGAGUUCUAUUCACGAAACCGACCCUGUUCGUGCCACCCCCUCGCGGGGUGUCUGUCACCAGAGGAAGGGUCGAGGCGUGCUCGCGAGCCACUCGCGUCAUUGUCGAGUCUCCGUUAGACGCGAGAAAUCGAGAAGGGCAGGGGGAUCGAGAUACGCGGAUACAGGCGUGUCUCUUCCGCACGGUUGCACGACUUUACAUCCCUCGAGUGUCAAUAAGCGUAUCUACGGGAGAAUAAGAGGUCGCACAGUCUGGAACAGUUCAUUCUCGAUCAUCGCGUUGCAGUGGAUGACGAGAAAAAGAUGUUGUAGGUGAAAGGUAAAAACGCCGUGGUGGAAGAUCAUCGUCGCGCGUGCAUAGUGGAUUAUGCGUGAUCGCAGAAACGAGGAAGUGAGGUAAAAGUGUUUUUUCGGGGCAAAAGCGGCCCGGCGAGCGAGGGGGCUCCGGGACUCGAGCAACAGGAUAAUACAAGCUCGAUGCCGGAGGCUUCAGGGUCAGACGUGGCCGACGAGUCGGAUUAUUCGAUUUUUGAGAAUAAAUCCGGCUUGGCCGAGGACAUGAAGUUUCUGGCCAGCAUGCCGGAACUGUGCGACGUGACCUUCCUCGUCGGUGACACCAAGGAGCCCAUCUGCGCUGUAAAGGCGGUUCUAGCAGCCAGAAGUAGGGUGUUUCAAAAAAUGUUUUACCAAGCACCGAGUCCGCAGCGUAAAAAGGACCCGCCGCCAAAAGAAAACAAGAUUCGAUUAUUCCUGAAGAGAAGCUCGGAGCCGCUGUUGAAUAUGCAAAACGCAGCGCAACAGCGGUCAGGGUUCGUGCAGCAGUUGGCUCCAAUACAAGAGCCGAAUCAGCAUCACACCGUGAUCAUCGAAGAGUUCGAGCCUGAUGUGUUUCGUCAGUUGAUCGAAUACAUUCACACUGGAUGCGUAACGUUACAGCCUAGAACUUUAUUGGGAUUGAUGAACGCCGCUGAUUAUUACGGAUUGGAACAGCUGAGAAAAGCUUGCACCGGGUUUGUACAAUGUUGCAUAACAGUGGACACUGUGUGUGCAUUACUGGCGUCGGCCGAGCGAUACAUCCAGUACAAAUGUACAAAAUCCUUGGUCCAUAAGGUAUUCGAAUUCGUCGACGAACACGGCAACGAGGUGUUGAAUCUAGGAUCCUUCACCUUGCUCCCUCAGCACGUUGUUCGUCUGAUUCUGGCGAGAGAAGAGCUACGAGCCGACGAGUUCACCAAGUUCCAAGCGGCCCUCAUGUGGAGCAAGAAGUACUGCGACAGCAACCAAAAUCAAGACCUGAAGGAGGUGAUUGGCAAUUUCCUCGAGUACAUACAGUUCCACAAGAUCCCUGCGAACGUGCUGAUGAGAGAGGUUCAUCCCCUAGGCUUGGUGCCAUCGAGCAUCAUAGUAAACGCGUUGGCCUAUCAGGCAGACCCGACCAGUGUCGACCCCGGAAAGUUGUCCCCCCACAGAGUGAAGCACCAGGACCGUAGUCUGUCGGUGCAGUCCUCUCUGCAGGACCAGUACGGCAGCAACACGUCGUUGAGCUCGACCGGGUCUGACGAGGGGUCCGACGAGAAGCAGCAUUCAGGUAAAUACGGCAUAGCUGAGCAGGAGAUAAGGGAGCGCGAACAAUGGCCGAAGCACCGCCACUCCGAAGAGGAGGAUAUACAGCGGCUGAUCGAGCAACGGAGCCAGUAUCAGUCGAUGAGGCAGGAGGACUCGCUGCAACAGCAGCAAGACGAGCAGCUGAUCAGGAAGCAGGAGGAGGAACUCAGGAGGCAGGAGUUGCAGGAGGAGUUCGAGAGGAGGCAGAAGGAGCUGCUGAGGAAGAAGCAGCAGGAGGAAUUGAGGAGGAAGAAGGAAGAAGAGGAGGAGUCGAGGAAGAAACAGCAGGAGUCGAAGCAGCAAGAGGAGUCGAAGACGUCGCACGAUAAGGAAGCGGAGGACGUCGCGAGAAGGGAGAAGGAAGGGGAAGAGAUCGACCGACAGAGGCUGGAGGAAGAGAAGCGGAAGGAGCAGGAGACAGCUCGAAAAACGGAUUUGGAAAGCGAAACGAAGCGGCAGGAAGAUGGUAAACUUUUUGAGCAACGAGAAACGCAAAGGGAAACGCAGAGGCACGAAGAGGACAAAGAGCCGAGAGAGUCGAUUCCGUCUUUGAAACAGGAAGAAAAGCCGCAGCAUCCACCUGAAAAAGAGAAACGAACAGAAGAGGAGCAUGAGUCGGAGCUGAAACGGCGGAGGGAGGAGGAGCAACGAAAGAUUCGCGAGAAGAGAAAGUUGCAGCUACCGUUGGAAGAGCUGAAGAGCGAAUGGGCGUUGCGGCAGGACCUGCUGUUGCAAAGGCAGGAAGAAUCGCUGGAACAACAGAUCGAGGAGCUGAAACGCGAAGAGCAGUGGCAGAGUCGGCAAUUCCAGCAGAUGCAGGUGUACCUGGAGGGACGGAAACCCGACGAGACGGAGAAGAAGUCGGAGAAACAGCAACGGCAGAAAGAAACCGAACGAAAGAAAGUGAAACAGAGGAGAGACGAAAGAGUGGAGAUCAGGGUGCACGGGGCGGAAUCGCCUAAACAGGAACAGCGGCAAAUACUGCAGCCUGCAGAGAGCGUGACUGGUUUCUACAUAAAGUUAGUGGUGAGGCAGGAAGGCAGGCCGAAUUUGGUUUGGUUGUUCAAAACUCACAUAUUCUGAACCUCUUCUACUCUAUGUUUCACAUACCACGUUUCACGCGAUUUCCGUAUAACGAUCAUCGAGUUGAAUUUCCCGAUCGGAAGGAUUACGCUCCGCGGCAUAACGAUCACUUCUGUCGUUUGAAUCGUCUCGCGGGAGAUUUCCGUGUAACGAGUCGUUGUUACAUUUUGCAGAGAGUAUUUUUUCUCAUAUAUAUAUAAUAUAUAAUGUCCAUUGCUGGGAUCUCGUUAACGAAAUCGGAUCGAUGUACCUAGGGCGAAAUCGCGAAAGACUUGGCCUUUCUUGGCAGGUAACCGUGAACGAGACACGCGUGCGCUCGCUGAAACAAUUUAAUAGAUUGUACCGUAUCGCGAUUAUUU